CGCAGAGGACGGUUGGCUGUGUGGAGACUGUAAAGAGCGAAAGCCUGCAAGUGGGACGUUGGACAGAAGGGCUCUCCCAGCAGAAUGGCCGCCACAAAACCUUUCUCCUGCCAUCUUCUCCUCCUCCUCUCCUUCCUUACAACUCAAACCGCCCUCACCCAGGACCCAUCUGUCACCACAGUCACGGUACCCGAAGGUGACGCUUUCAUUGCCCCCACCACCCUGGCCAACCAAACGGCUUCCAGCGCCGUGGAGCCCACUCAGAACUCUCCUAUAGAGACAGGGCUGUCCACCCCCACCAGUGGCGGAGACGGCGACGAUGAGGACGUCCCUCCCGCCGGCGGAACACGCUGCCAGGGUUACUACGACGUGAUGGGGCAAUGGGACCCACCAUUCAACUGCAACGCCGGCGUCUUUCUGUACUGCUGCGGUACCUGCUUCUACCGCUUCUGCUGCCAGUUCCGCCAGCAGCGGCUGGACCAGAGCAUCUGCUCCAAUUACGACACGCCCAUCUGGGCCAACACCGGCAAGCCCGUGGCCACGAUCACCGAGGGCCAGGAAGACCAGGACCGGGACCGCACACACCUCAUCGUCUACAUCAUCUGUGGCGUGGUGGCCAUCAUGGUGCUGGUAGGCAUCUUCACCAAACUGGGUCUGGAGAAGAGCCGCGGAGGAAGUGGAGGAGGAGGGGGAGGAGCGGGGGCGGGGCACGCUGACCUCAAUUCCAGGACCCUGACAGACCUGCUGAAGCAGCAGGGAGCUGAGGUGAGCUCGGUGGAAAAUGCCGUGGCCAGUUCGCCCAGUGGAGGGAGAGCCAACGGCAUUUCAGCCAGGAUGCUGCGCAGCAGGAGUGAACAGUACCAGCUGAAUAACUCAGCGUACGGGCCAUUUGGACAAGGGCUUCCACACCCGCACAGCAACCACAGCACAGUGGGACUCAACAAAUAUACCUCCCUCAAAGCUGUGGCUCACAGUGCAUCUCGUGGCUACUACAAGAGCUUCCCACUCAUGGACUUCUCCCAGUACCAGCCUGUGGCACCUCCUGCCUUCCAGCCCGUGCCUCCACAGCCCAAAGAGAAGUCGUACAUCCACCAGUCCGUGACGGCGCACCACGACCUCCACGCCCCCCUCUCCAUCUCCAUCCCCUCCAGCCACCUAGAGCACUCGCGCCUACCCAAGACCACCACGCACCCGCUGCUCUCCAGCUCAGCCUUCAAAGCCUGGGAGCCAACUGGCCGCCAUGUCCACAGGCAGGCCUCUGCCCCCGGCCACACCCACUCCUCCAUGCACAGCUCCACCCGGAGACAUGGCUACUCCAUCAGGAGGCCGCAGAGCAUAGAGAACAUGCCGGAUCUCUUUAGCCAGCCGUAUGGAGGGAUAUAUGGAGGAGCUGGAGGGGGACAAGGACAGGGGCAACACCCAUCUCAGCCCUCCUACUACCACCACAACAGGCAUAAGAGCUAUUCCACCCACAGUACGACUGAGGUGACCGUCUGA